AUGCAGAACACCCUCGUGCGUCAUCCGGACUUGGCCACGAAGCUUGCGUCUUCUGGACUGCUUUCGACACGUCUCACGGGCUCCACCCUCCUCGCCGUGCAGCCACCCACCCUCGGCGGAAUCGGUCAGCUGCCGCAAACGAAGCAGCAGGAAGGCGCAGUCGCCAACCUCAAAACGGCCAUCAUCCAACACUCCAGUGGAGUGAAGACAACUUUCAACGACGCCGCCACUGCUGGCAUCCGACUACGUCCGCCGUCAUUCGAAAUUGUCAAUUUUUUUCUAGCGCUAGCGUUUCUCGCUAUCCGCAUUGCUGCCACCUUCUGGACAGUCUGGCCCACAUUCUCCUACCUCUCGUCCGUGCUACUUAUUUUCACUGGCGUUUACUUAACCUUCGAGUAUGCUGCUGUUAGCCUCUUAGUCCAACUGACUGUAUGCCUCACACCUCAUUUUAACUCGACCAACAUCUUUAGCUCAUUAAUCAUAGUCCGGCUGCCGAUGCAACUGACCCCGUGGCAGACAAUCCUCUCCACCUCCAUCGCUUUCUUCAUAACCCUCGGGAGUUUUGGUGUUCUCUUCCACCUGGCGAUCCGUCAGUUUAACAAGGUACUUCGGGAGAACUACUACACGGUCGCCAACAUGCUGGGCAUGGCAGAGAGGCAAACUAACGGUGCGUCAGAGGCCCUGGUCACGUCGCCACCAUGGAGCGAGACGAACUCUCUGGAGAGGAAGGAGGGAUCUACGAAAUGUCAUCGUUCACCCUUGCGCGGUCGUCCACUAAUUGUCCUGGGCUUUCUCUCAUUGGUCGCCACUACGCUCGUGCGGAUGCCCUGCCUCUACGAUAUGUUCCAACUGUACUGGAGUGAAAAGGACUACCUUUGUCUCACGACCAUCGUCUUGUUUGUCUGCGUCCACAUGGCUUGGCUAAUGAUGUGGUUUGGGUUUGCUAUGAAGCAGAAGUGGACAUUCCACGUUAAAUAUUCCCCUGCAAUGCAGCAAUCCCAGCUCUCCAACCAAGAGUCAAGUUUCCGCAACACGUACUUGUCAGAGCCUGCAGUGCCGGGGCCGAUCAAGUUCCCACAAAUGCAGGAGUUCAACGAUGAAGCGCCCUUUGAGCUUUCAUGCCCAAAUUCCACCUAUGUGUAUUUCUCACCGCUUCAGUUGCAAAAUCCCGGUGUCCCAGCCCAAGAGCCAACACUUCUACCCUCAGUGACUAACGGCUUUAAACAACCCCUCCGUGUACCGCCUCCACCGGAAAGCAGUGCUAGUCAGGUCAUGACGAAUGUGCUGUACGCGCCGGCUGCAUCCAACCAGAAAGCCGCGACCUCGGAAAACGAGCCAUUUCUACUUCGUGGUCCCUUCCUGCUGACGCCACCUUCGCUCAAGUACGCCUCUAUAAGGAGAUCGAAGCUGUGGGACGCGGAGACCAACGGAAAGCAGGAGGUGGUUGUCGAUGUUGCGGAGACCGCUCCACCUACCCGGAUCACACGCAGUCCCAGAACCAUCUCCAGUGAGACAGCGGUGGACAACGAAAUCCGGCCGCAGUCGGUGCCGCCGCUAUCGAUUGGCGAGGUGGAUAACAACCUGCUCAAGGUGGCGCCGAUAGCUGUGCAGGAGAGCGGUCACAGCACAACGAGUUCUGGCGAUCGGAUUUGCAGUCAGGUCUGA